UCUCUCCAUGUCAGACAAGUCUACGUGCAAGUUUGCCUGCAGCGGAAACCAGGAACGGCGGCAACCAAUGUCUCUGGGAUCCUCUGAUGACAACCGGACCGAGUCUGCCUUCACCUCCAAACUGACCCCAGCUGCUGACAUAUGUGUGGGACUGGCCAUCCUCUCAGUGGUUCUGCUCUCCGUUUCGGGCAACGGGCUGGUCCUGGUGAUCUGUUACCGCAGGAGGAAGAAGAUGGUGGGCUCCGAGCUGCUGUGCGUCAACCUGGCUGUGGUGGACUUCUUCUGCUGCGUCUGCUUCUACCCGCUCUCCAUCAUGUCCUCCUUCAACCACGCGUGGCUGGGGGAGAACAUCACGUGCGUGUACUACGGCCUGGGCUGCUACAUCUUCGGCCUGUGCAGCAUGUUCACCGUCGCCGCCAUCAGUGUCACCAGAUAUUUGAAGACCUGCAACAGCUUUUUCUACGUCUGGCUGGACGGUGCCAACCUCCGCAUAAUGUGCGCUGUCAUCUGGCUGGUUGCCACCUUGUGGUCCAGCUUCCCUCUCUUUGGAUGGGGCGAUUACGUGCCAGAGCCUUACGGCCUGUCCUGCACCGUAGCCUGGAAGGGUUACCAUACGUCGGCAAAGGAUGCCUUCUACGUGAUCUGCUCCUUCGCCUGCUUCACCCUGGUCCCCGUCCUCCUCAUCGUGGUGUCCCAGUGUCAGACCCUCUACAAGGUGUCCCGCUUCUCUGACACGCUGUCCGCGAGAGGCAUCAGCAACAACCUGCGGCGCACCGAGAAGCGUCUCUCUGUGAUGUUCUUCUGCAUCAGCCUGGGUUUCGUGAUCGCCUGGGCACCGUACGCCAUCGUCUCCUUCCUCUUCAUUUUCCACAAGGGCGACUGGUACAUGGCCCCCGAGGGCUUCGUUUUCCCGGCCCUCUUCGCCAAAAGCUCCCACAUCUACAACCCGUUCAUCUACUUCUACUUCAACAAGACGUUCCAGCGGGAGCUGCGUUGCCUGCACCUCUCGCUCUGCUCCAAGCUGGGGGGAAACCGCGUAGGCGUCCACGUUGACGCCGUCCCUCAGCCCCCGUUCCCCAUUCACAUUCAGCUCCAUGAACGGGGUCGUGUCAAAAAGCCCAAGACCCAGGACAGAACUCACAGUGAAAGCAAAAGCAAAAGCGAAGUUCAGUGCACCAGUGACAAUGGUGUCAUCGGCAGGCCGGUGUACACCUGCUGGGGCUCCACGUCCAAGAACUCGUCCAACAUUUUGAACACCAAACCUGCCAAACACUGUCUGCCUGUCUCCAUAUGAACUUUGCUGCUUAUAUAGUUUGAAGACUACAUGAAGGCGACAAUCAUGAUCCCGUCUGGUCCUGUUGUUAUGCUGCUGAAGAAUCAGAAAUGAUCUUGUCUAAAGUACCUUAAAGGGGAUACUUGAGUGAAAGUACAAGUAUCUUACCAGAAAGUGUCUAUGACAUUUACUGAACUUAAGUAUCAAAAGUACUUUUCUGAUAUAAAAUGUACCUCAAGUUUCAGAAGUGAAAGUAUUUUUUUAAAAAAAGGGAGGAGUUGGGGUUGGGCCAUUGUGGCUCAGUGGUAGGGUGAGUUGUCGUUCAACUGGAAGGUUGUGGGUCCAAUUCCUAGCUCUGCUAGUGUAUGGGUGUCCUUGAGCAAGACACUUAACCCCAUGUUGCAGAACGUGAAUGAGUGAAAACUGUUGUGUAAAGCUGCUCAUCAAGACUAGAAAAGUGCUAUAUGAAUACAAACCAUAAUACCAACUCUUCUUCUCCUGAUUUUAUUUGGUAGUAACAAGAAAAUGUAGUGGAGUAAAAGUGAAAGUUGCUAGAAAAAUAAAUAAAGUACAGAAAUGUGAAUGUUGUACUUAAGUACGCUAAUGUAUACGCUAAGUAUUUGUACUGUACUAUUUGUACCAGUCCUCUCAGUCAGUUUUGUAAGCGGUAGUGGAUCAGUGGUAGAGCAGGUCGUCUUUCAAAUGUAAGGUUGAGUGUUAUUGAGACCAGAAUAGUGCUUUAGCAAUUUGCCUUUGCCUUUGCAAUUUCAGGUUCUGUCACAUUGACCUUGUUGACCCUCAGAUUAUCUUUGCAUGUUCAGAUUUGAUCCAGAUUGGUUUGACAUUACAGUUCAGUGAUGAACGGAGGAUUAUAUCGGUUAUAAUAAUGUGGUCAAAAUGAAACAGAAACAGCUAGAGUCAUGGUAAUGACACAGGCACUGGCCACGUGUCAUUUAAAGGUGACAUCGAAUGCUUGUAUCACACAUAUAUGUUAGUUAUGGAGGUCUACUUACAUAUAUUAACUUGUUUUCAUGAUUAAAAACCUCCUAAUCGCUGCAAACGAGCCGAUCAAAAUAUCUCCUCGCUGACGCUCUCGUCAGCCGCGCUGUUUCAGACCAAACAGUUGCUGUGAUUGGCCAGCCAACGAGAGCUUUCCUACUGUCCUGUGAUUGGCCAGGUACCUGGAAGUGACGUAAUUGGUAGGCCAGCUCUCAGAUACACAGCUCCCCCUCUGGCACGGUGGAUGCUCUGCAUCUCAGCAGCUACAACGAGAGUAGUUCUUCUUCUUCUGCGGUUGAAUGUACGCAACCGGAUGUGCCCGGACUAGUGCCCGCACCGGGAGGCGCUACGGUGGUGAGGAUUUCUGAUGACGACAUCAAAUUAAGGAAGUGUCGAUCCGCUUCGCAGAGCCCAGGAAAACAAUACAACACUAUUUUCUCAGCAGUGGCUGAACUGUUUGUUCUGAAACUUUAGGGUUUCAUAAACGAGGUAAUGACGCAGAUACACACACAAACGCAGCGUUAAUUGGAGCUUCCGGUCUAUGUCACCUUCAACAUAAUAUGGAUAAUAAGGGACACAGUGCAGCUUUGGAGACAUUUUGUCCAAACACACGCCCUGUUUUUGUAAUAUGCAGUAUUUGCCAGGUGCAAGAUUCAAAAAGGUGUUAAUAAUUAUAAGUAUUGCGUUUCAAAUACAACCUUUCAAAAUUGACAAAAUAAAUACACUUUAUAUGAACUCAACAGGAAUGAAAUACAUUUACAAAGAUGACCAUUUUUAGUUCGUUUUAGUUAGUUUUGUAAACACACAAUUUAGUUUCAGUUAGUUUUUGUUAAGUAUAAUAACCUUGUCACUGACCCACGCCAUAAGUAAAUGCCUGAUGUUAUCUUGUCUGUGCUGAAUUCAGUGCCUGUACUCACUUAUAUUAUGUCAUAAUAACUGUUGUGAUGCUAUUUUAUUUUACAUUCUGAACAAAUGUACUCGCAUUUUUAUAUUCAAGUGUUUUUUUUUAAACGGCAGCGAUGUCUCUUUUUCUUUGCAUCUUACAAAUAUUUCAACGUAUCUGUAAGUACAUUUAAAAGUGGAUGUAAAAAGAAUCUUGAAUCAUAGUUAAUCAUACUGCACUAUUUUAUCAGAAGACAAGACACGUGUACAGCUACGUGCUAUGCUCUCAUGUUAAUAUUAU